AUGUCUUGGCCUAUUGCCUUCUAUUCACCUGUAGCAACCAAUACCAUUACAAAAGAUGAAGAAAAGGAACGAAAGGCAAAAAUGUCGAGUCUAAUCGAGCGAUAUAAAGACAAAGUCUCGUCUCUUCCCAUGAAUGUAGAUCAUGAUCUAUGCAAGUAUAUGGGAUUUUGGCAUUUCCAUGGUUUUUGGUAUCACUCAAAAGCCGACUUCUCGGUUGAAGCAAUUAUGGCCUUACAAGACCAUUUCGAAGCUCAACCCACCGACAUUUUCUUGGCAAGUCAUCCAAAAUCGGGCACAACAUGGCUCAAGGCCCUCGCGUUUGCCAUUAUGAACCGGAACAAAUUCAAGACACGCAGUGGUUCUUGUCCAACCCACCCAUUACUCACCAUUAGCCCACAUGAUUGUGUCCCUUUCAUGGAGAGUGAGUCUUUCUUGAACAACCCUUCUUUUGCCAAUGGCCUCAUGCAUACACAUAUACCCUACACUUCCUUACCUAAAUCCAUCAUUAGUUCCGAUUGUCGAAUUGUUUAUUUGUGUAGAAACCCUAAAGAUGUGCUCACUUCUUAUUGGCACUUCUUGAACAAGUUGAAAGAUGAUGGUUCUACACCAACUAAAUUGGAUGAUGCAUUUGAGCUUUUUAGUAGAGGUAUGAGUCCAUAUGGAUCAUUUUGGGAUCAUGUGAUAGGGUACUACAAGGCAAGUUUAGAACAACCGCUUAAAGUAUUGUUCUUAAAGUACGAGGAUUUGAAGAAGAACCCUGAGAAUGAGGUUACGAAAUUAGCCAAGUUCAUAGGUAACCCUUUUACAGAAGAGGAGGAAUUUGAUGGAUCAGUGAAAAAGAUAAUCGAACUAUGUGGUUUUGAGAAUUUAAGCAAGGUUAAUAAGGAUGGAAAGCAAACAUCUAAGGUUUUAUCCGAUGAUAUCUACUUUCGAAAAGGCAUUGUUGGUGAUUCUGUUAAUUAUCUUACGAACGAAAUGAUUCAAACUUUGGACAAGAUAACCAAAGAAAAGUUUGAUGGUUUAAGUAUCUCAUUUGAAGCAUGA